AUGCUCAAUGAGGCUAUGGACUCGACAAUUUUGGUCAAAGGCUGGAAGAAGGGCGCCAACUGGAGUUUCCCUCGUGGAAAGAUCAACAAGGACGAAGACGACCUUGAGUGCGCCGUUCGUGAGGUAUACGAGGAGACAGGGUAUGAUUUGCAUGCUGCUGGCCUGGUUCCCAAAAACAGAGAAGACGUCAAGUAUAUCGAGGUCACCAUGAGAGAGCAGCAGUUGAGGCUCUACGUCUUCCGCGACGUACCGAUGGACACUCACUUUGAGCCACGGACGAGGAAGGAGAUCAGCAAGAUUCAGUGGUACAAACUAUCCGAGCUACCCGCUUUUCGAAAGAAAGGGAACCAACCUCAGAACGAGGCCGCCGCCGCCGCCAAUGCGAACAAAUUUUACAUGGUUGCGCCCUUUCUGGUUCCUUUGAAGAAAUGGGUCGUGCAGCAAAAGAGAAAAGAUGCUGUCAAGGCUGCCAACGAGGCGCACUUCAACCCGUACUCUCUUCACGAGGAGCCUGUCACUGAAGACGAAGUUUGGCAAACCGAACCCGCGACUGAUGUAUCGACUCGGACGCCAGGUCUUGAUACUCUGGAAGGUGCAACACAGGAAUUGCAGCGUCUGUUAAAGGUCCAUCCGACGGCAGCACAAGCAACAUCGAAGCCAGCUUCUCCGGAUAUUGGAGCAGACAAGGGCGCAUCGCUGCUCGCUAUCCUGCAGGCCAAGAAUCAAGCAGUCGCCCAAGGGGUUCCAGUCUCGCAGCUCCCUCAUACGCCUCUCGAUCACACUAUUAGGCAGGCUCCACAGCCUCAAAGUCCUCAUGGCCAACAUCACCCUCAGCAACGGGCACCGCUGGCGAGUUAUCAAGCUCCGCCGGCUUUCCCCAUCGGUCCAGAUGGGACACCACAAGCCUGGGCUUUUCAGCAGCCCGGCUCGGCUCAUCCUCAAGCUAGGCAGUACGGCCCUUCGAUGAUGGGCGGCCCUGCUCAACUGCCACAGCCACCCCUGAGGCACCCUCAACCAUUGCCGCCUCAAGCUCAAAAGAUUCUGCUGAACCGAAACGCAUUUGCCGACGGCACACCCCCGCCGCCCCCUCAACACGCACAGGGGACUGUCAGCCAAACCAUGGCGAAUGCUCAGUACCAACCAGCACAGUUCCAGCAGCAAGGCCAGAACAUGAUGUAUCAGCCCAAGCCGCCUAGCAGUCACCUCUCCAAUCACUCUAUGGCGCUCUUGGGAGUGCUCAAGUCGGACACAAGAACAGCUAGUCCAGAUAAGGCUCGUCAGGCAAACCAGCAGCCCUACGGAUCCGCGUCUCAGGGGCAGGGUCAGUGGCCAAUCGGACUCCAUGGAAAUGGAGCUCCUCAGUAUCCUCAGUCGCCUAACAUGUCGGGGGCAGGCGUAGCACACCCCCAGGGAAGUCCAUCCAUGAGGGCCCAGCAGCCUGUCGAUCCUGCGCAUCGGUCUGCUCUCCUUUCCAUGUUCAAGAACCCUGAAGUCAGCUCCCCACCUGCCAACCAACCCGUCGAACUGCCCGGAACUACAGCUAGCGCUGCUCUAUUGAAGGGCAUAUCGACCGUAAAGGCUAGCAACCAGGAGGUUCCCAGUCCCGUGUUCCGUGGAGUUCAGCCAGCUUCAAGCAGUCCUCUCAGCAGGCCACCUCAAAGCGCUUCAGAUCCGACGUCUCAGGUACCCUUUCAAGCGCUGUCGCUCCAGUCUCAACUCGGCAGACAAGAGCACAGAAGCCCUCAGACUAUUGGGGGUUAUAGUCCGAGAACGAUGGAGAACAGAGGUCUCUAUCAUCAAGCUGCGAACAACAACUCCGCCAUAUACAACAAUCACUCGCCCCAGAUGCACUCGAAUCAGAUCCUCCAGAGGGCCGAGAACAUGAGCAAACCUGUUGGCCCUCGUGCGCCUGCUUUAGCCUCGGUUUUCGGGGUCGACAAGCCAGCCAGUUUGGCCAGCCCGCCGUCAGCAUCCGCUCUCCCGGCACCUGCUGGGCUGCAGCAGAAAUCACAGAUGCCCCCCGAACAGAGGCAGAAGCUUCUAUCGCUUUUUGGCAAGCCUCAGUCGCCGAGCCCCGGGCCUGGCUUUGCUCUCGAGGAUAAGGGAAAGGCCAGAGAGAUGAUGGCUCCGGACGGGAGUAUGCGAUCACGUGUGGCUUCUCUGGCCUCUGCAAGCGGCCAGGGUGCCCCGGAGAGCCUGUCAGAGUCUCGUCGCGGCAGUCAGACGCCGAUUUCUCCUGCCGACCGAAGCUUUCUGCUUGGCUAUUUGGCAUCAGUUGCGAAUAACGGCAAGUAG